AUGAUAGAUUAUUUAUCUAAAGUAGAAAAAUUCUUCUCAGAUAACUAUGAAGAUGAAGAAUUAACAAUCAAUGGAUCAAAUGUAUCUAUUCUUGAUCAAGCUCUUAGGUUACUAGAUCUUGCUGAAUCUAAAGGAAAGGAUACAGUAAACUUAGAAAUCUCUACAUCUGAGGAACUUAAACAACUUUUUCACUUUGAUGAAACGAUUAACGUCAUAGAAGAAACAUCUGAUAAAGAAACUUCUGUAUAUAUUUCAGAAGAAGAAGUAGAAUCUCUUUCUUCUGAUAUAGAGCCUAACUUCGGCAUGAAUAAAACCGAACCACAUUUCGAUCAUCCUGGAGAAUCUUCUUUUCAAUGUGAAAGAAGAAAAAGACCUAAAACUGAACAAGGUCAUAGAACUGGCUCUAUGCCAUAUCUUCCCACUGCAAAUCCAAACCAAUUCGGAACAAAAAUUCUCAAUAUUGACAACAUUGAAACAAAUAGAAAAGAAGUUAUCGACAGAUGGACUUCAGAAAUAAGUCUAAUCAUUCAGACUAAUAAAGAAAAAUAUGCAACAAAAGAAUCUAUCCUUUUAUUGUUUGACCAUAAAACAUCAGGAAUAGUUCAAAAUUUUAUCAAAAAUACAAACUGCAUUAGUCAUAAUCCAAUGACAGUAUUCCAAGACAUGCUUGAUGCCAUCUACAUGAUGUUCCUUGGUAUAGAUCUUAUAGAAGACAAAGCCAAUGAACAAAAAAGAGAAAUCGAAAAAGCAAAGUCCAGACUUACGAAUCUCACCAUAUGUGAUAUUUGCUUUCUAGAUCAUUACACAUGUGACUAUGAAACAAAUCUUUACAAAAUAAAUGAUUCAAAUCUAUAUCCUGAGUUGAUCAAACAAUAUCUAUUAAAAAUUCCCAUUGUAGGACAACAAUCUCAUAACAGAUUUAUAACUGAAUCUACAAAUGCUACAAUUUACAGUCUUGCUUUUGCUAAGAGAAUUGUUAUUGAUGAGAUUCAAAAAAUUUGUAAUCUAUCAAACAGACAAAAAAGACUAAAACGUUUUAAUCAUGGCCGGUGA